AUGGUCGUGAAAGAGGAAUGGGAAAAAACCGAAGAACGCACUAUAUUCCGUUUAGUGACAUCAAGUAUUCUUGCUAGUGGUGGAGCUUUAGCGCUUUUAAAGAUUGUUUGUGAAAAUAUAAAAUCGCAAAAGGAAACUAUUAAUUCUUAUACGAAUACUGUUAUCUCAUUGGCUAAAAAUAUAAAUGCUGAUAAAGCAUUAAAACCCUCAUUGAUACCCCGUAUCAAUAAACUUAUCAACGAAGAAGAGAAAAAUAAUGCAGCCUUUAUUAUUUUAGUGUCUUUAUAUGUUAUCAUUACAUCUACAAUCUCAAUUAUGAUUAAUACUAAAAUUAUUCCACAUUUGAGUGUUUAUGAAGAUAGAAUAUUAGCUAUAAGUAUUAUUGUGAUUGAUUUUAAUGAACAUGAUGAAGAUAUGAAAAAAUUGAAAAAAAAAGAUAUGGACGGGACUGAAGAUUUUAAUGAACAUGAGAUAAAAGAUAUGGAUGGGAAAGAAAAUAAAGACGGAACUGAAGAUUCUAAUGAACAUGAGAUAAAAAAUAAAGACGGAAAUAAUGAGGAAGAAAUAUGUGAAGAUUUAAAUAAAUAUGAUUGGGUAAAAUUUUUUAUAGAUAAAAAAAAUUAUCGGAGAAAAUACAAAGCGAGAAUUUUUGGAUAUAAUGAAGACAGAAAAGGUAUUAGCAUCGAAUCUGGGUGGAAAUUAGCAGUGGAAUGUUUUACCGAUAAAGGACAAAUGUCAAAAGAUCAUCAAAUUAUGCCAUCUCCUGAUAACCAAAAGCCAUCUCCUGAUAACCAAAAGCCAUCUCCUGAUAACCAAGAUCUACCUCCUGAGAAAGGAAAAGUUGAUAAUAUUAUUGAAAAACAUGUAAUAGCUUUUGCUAUGGUAUCUUUGCGGAUAAGAACUAAAUAUAUAUUCAAAAUUGAAUCUAUAGAAAUAACCGAAACGCAAAGAAAGAAUCUUAGAAAGAUUAUGUGUCUAGCGAAGUGUGAUAAUUUUUAG